UCGACAGAUUUCUACAGCCUGGUAGAAGCCGGUUACUGACUAUGGAGUGUGGAUGUCUGGCUCUGCCGGGGUUUAAAUGUCGGGUUCACCUGCUCUGAUUGGGAACUUUUUGUUCCCGUUUUCAUUCUUGAAGAGAAAUCCUGUUUUCUUCCCAGUUGUCACCCAACUUUGGUCAUUAAUUCUUUCCCCAGCACUGAGAAACAGGGCUCAAUACGGUGUAAGUUGUAGGCGCCCUGUAAACCUCAAACGAAAGAAUAAAUAAAGAGAAGAUCCCACCAAGAAAAUGGAAAAGAUAUUGCUUUACAUUUCAACAGAGAGAAAAAAUAAAUUUAUCAUUGAAGAAUUAGAAGCAGCAAUUAAAAUAAUUAAAACUGGAAGUUCAACUCCAAGCUGCUGUUCCCAUUUGGUACGUCUGGCUUCUACUACCAUCCAUCCUGAUGAAGGCUGUGACAGUGGUAUGGAAGAUGCCAAUAUCUCCACUCUUUGGCAUGACUGGUCAAAACAUGAGCCCUUACAAGAAUUAUAUGCUACCCAAGAGAAUAUAGGAAAUGAGGGUGAAUGUAUUGACAACCAAGAUGAAAAUGUUUUCAGGUACAAUGACUUUUUCCUCCUGGCAGAAGCAUUACAUAAGUUUGCUGAUGAUUUGCAAGAUCUUGGAAGUUACCUUAUAUACUUGAUCUGGACUGUAGACAAAUAUGUACCAAAUCCUAGUGAGGUUCCAGAGUUUUAUGGGGCCUUAAGAAGAAUACAGCAGUGGCACUUUGGUGGCUUAUACAUUAUUUGUAAGGACCAGGAAAUUGUUCAUGAAUGGCCAGGCUUCAUGCCACUCCAUAUUGCCACUUCAUGUUCAGAGGUUGUAGAAACUAUCAUCAACACAUUUUGGCAAGGCCAUUUAACACUGGCAGAAAAGGGAACUGGGAAUACUGUGCCUUUUCCUGAAUGUGCUAUUCAGUGCAUCAGUGGACAACCUGCUUUAGGAAGUAAAGCCAAACAGGAGGCAUUAUACAUUCUUCCAACUGCAGAAGUUGUGGUAGACUUUGACAUUGGUACCUUACCUUGGGUAUACCUUCGUUAUGGUGGUGUGUACAAGAUUUUCCCUGUCCAUCACUCUGAUGACGAGGAACAAGAAGAAGUGACAUCUUUACUGGAUACCUUUACUUCUCAGUCUGGAAUAGCAACACUGAUCCGACUUCAGUAUUCACCGCUGCCACCAGCACUGGAAGGUGUGAGAGCAUUAACCACAGAGGAGUGGAAACUAAGCAAUGCAGAGGGUCAUUUUGAUCUCAUCCCUAGCCUUCAGUUUAAGGGCUUCUACCAGACCCUCAACAUGCUUAUUCUUAGUGAAGGAGCUCAGAAAGGAAAGGCACUGAUGGUUGCCAUGCAAGAUCCAAGUGUUUGUGGAGAGGAUGUUGUUAAGUUCAUCAGUCAUACAGGUCACCAUACUAAGAGUCACUGCAUUGAGGAUGAAAAAAGAAUACUGGACCUUGUAAGGGAGACACCGGGAUUAUCAACACUUCAUAUGGCUGCAUUUUCCUAUCUUACUUUAAACCUUCCUCAACAAAUCAUUCACCGCAUGUCUCGAGCAGGUCAGUCUGUAAAUGAACUAAGUGAGCACACAAGGAGAGAGGUGGAAGCUGCAGCAAGUGAGGAACUGCUGCGCUGCAUGAUGUUAAUUCCUGCUCCUCCACCUGUCCUACCCAAAACUUUUUGCUCUGUUUUACCAGAGACAGCAGUAAGCAGCACUGAGUGGCCUGAAUAUAUUGCUCUGGCUAAGGUUGAAGCUGAUGCUGAAAAAUCAUUACUUGCCCGCCGCCACUCAGGUGAUUUGCUUGGAGGGCUUGCCCCACCACCACACACUGAUGCCAUUCUCACUCUUGAAGCUGCCCAGCUCACUAAGCUCUUUACUAAGAGUGGCCAGCCAGUAGACAGAGUAAAACAGAAAAUGAUUACACACACAUCAUCAGGUCGACAUUCCUUCAAAAUAAAAUCAACCUUGCAAGAAGCGGUUUCUCUAACUUGGCCAGAAUCACUUUAUGCUCACCAUCAUGGUAUUUAUUACAAUGUUGAUGAGCGAUGCGAGAAGUACAAUGAACAGUGUAACCAGGUAAAAAAUCGCUACAUCAGACAAGAAACUGCAGCCACCUGUACUGUGUUCCAAGACAAAGAGACUGCCUAUGUUACAGUCUCGACACACAGAUCCAGCAGCAAAGAGACUAAAAAUGAAGCUAAAGUGGAUGUGAAACAGCACUUGAGCAGGAUAAUGAGGAGAAGAGAGAGAAAGACCAGUGAAGCAGAUACAGUGAGCCUGAGAAGUGCACACAGUGCAUGGAGAGCAAUAGGACCCUUAAGACGAUCACCUCGUAAGCAUUUACAUCAACCACCACCACAGAAGCGAUUGCGUCAGUCGGAAAAUCAAAUACAGAGGACACCUCAAAAGAGAGCUAGAAAAAGCAGUAGCGAAAAUAAAAAUAGUGAGAGUGACUUGAAACCUUCAGAUUUGUUAAGACCAUCAGCUAUUAGAGAUUCACUAAGAAGCUCUAGUGCACAAAACAAGAGAAUACCUAAGCCUGCUGAUCUUAGUGAUGUACAUAAGCAAGUAAGUAUAUUUAUAUUGUAUACUAUAACCUCACUUUCUUCAUAAAAACCUACAGCUUUUAACAACCCAUCACCUUUUCCCCAUAUACAGUAUUUGCAGCACUUACUUCUCAAUCAUGUCACAUGCCUUUUUUCAAGUUUAUAAAUGUAAUAGUUAUCCUUGCCAUUUUCUAUUGUUACUGUUAUUUGCUUAAAUUUAGACACGAUCCACACAUUCCCUUCCAUUUGAAAGUCCAACGUUUGUCCUCUUCCAUCCUUCAUUUACAUUUGUGUUAUACACUUCAUCUUCCCUCCUCUCCUUGAAUUGAACCUGAAAGUUUCCCAUUCCCAAGGUGCUAUAUGACCCCCAACAGGUUUAAGGCUUCUCUGUGAAUGUAAUAAUAAUACAGUGGAACCUCAAAAAUCGAACAUAUCACAUAUCGAAUGUUUCGAAAAUAAGACCAUUUUUUCGGAUAAACUGUGUCCCUAUUAUCGAACGCGCCCCUAUUUUCGGACUGCCGGGUACAGGACCUGUCCGUUGGCCCGCUCUGUCCGUGUCCCCGCGCAGGCGCCGUGAGCAGUCUAGCUUUGUUUAUGCUCGAGUGAACACUAACCUGUGAUCUCAUUCACACAUUUUACGAUCAUUUAAUUGUGUUUAGUGCUUGUGGGGCUGUGAAAUAAGCUGCCAUGGGCCCAAAGAAACUUGCUAGUGGUACCCCUGUGGUAAAGCAAGUGAGAAACACCAUAGAUGUGAAGAAGGAAAUAAUACAGAAGUAUGAGAUUGGAGUGAGACUUGUUGAGCUUGCCAGGAUGUACAGAGGACUGU